AUGCAGAGAGAUUGUCAGCCCGAGAGCUGGGACGCCGGCCUCCGGACAGGGAAAGCUUUCCCUUGCUUUAAUAGGCAAGCCACGGAGCCACCGAAUUCACACGGUCCCAGCGGGGCCCCAGGAGCGCAGACAGACAUCCGGCAGACGAGGGCGCGCAACGGCCGCCACAGACGCGCCCGGGCGCCCGGGGCCUGCGCUCAGGUGGAGAGCGGUGCGGCCUCUAAGCUUGCGGCUCCGCAGCUGCUCCCGGCUCGGCAGCCGCCCCAGGCUUCCCGCCCCCACUCCGUCGACCAGCCCGGGCGGGGGCGCCGCGAUGGAGGCGCUGGAGCAGCGCCAGGCGCAGAGGGCUGCAGCGCGCUGAGGCUUUCCCGCCCGCUAACCCUUUCCGCGCCCUUCUUUCCUUCCCGCUUUCCCGGGAGAAACAUGGCCGGGAGCAGCGAGGAGGCACCAGACUACAGGCUAGGGGUCGUGAUUAUGGAUGACUGGCCAGGAUAGGACUUGAAUUUAUUUACAUACCCACAGCACUAUUAUGAAGAUUUGGAUUGUCAUGGGAUCAUUGUGGACAGAAUUGAGCAGCUGGCUAAAGAUAUUAUUAAAGACAUAGGGAACUGUGACAUUCUGGUCCUGUGUGUGCUUACUGGAUACGAAUUUUGUGCUCACCUUGUAGAGCACCUCAAGAACAUCAGCCAAAAUUCAGAUGGAUUUGUCUCUAUGAAGGUUGAUUUCAUCAGACUAAAAAGCUACAUGAACGAUCAAUCCACGGGUGAGAUGCGAUUAAUCGGAGGCGGUGAUCUCUCCAUGCUUGCUGGAAAGAAUGUCCUGAUUGUUGAGUAUGUGGUUAGGACUAGGAGGACCAUGAAAACUCUACUCAGCAGCAUCGAGAAAUACAAGCCCAAUAUAAUUAAGGUAGCUAGUUUGUUGGUGAAGAAAAUAUCUAGAAGUGAUGGCUUCAAACCUGACUCCCACAUGAGACAUAAGCAAAGCCGUUAA